AUGGAUGCAAUUAAUUAUUAUCCAUCCGAUACUACAAUCAGUGGUCUUCUAUUCAGUAAUUAUACAUCUGAAGAAAUUCGUCGUUUAAGUGUAAAAGAAUUAACAUCAUCAUCAGCAAUCGAUCGUCUCGGUGCACCAGUGCCCGGUGGUCCAUAUGAUUUAGCAUUAGGACCUUUUGAUAAAAAUGAUCGUUGUUUUACUUGUGGUCAAGGAUUUGUUUCUUGUCCAGGUCAUCUUGGACAUAUAUCUCUUGUUCUACCUGUUUAUAAUCCAGUAUUCUUUCGAAAUCUUGUUAAUGUUCUUCGUGGUUGUUGUCUUCAUUGUCAUACAAUUCAAUGUUCAAACGCAGAAAAAUAUUUAUUUUGUAUGCAAAUGCUUUAUUUAAAACAUGGUCAAACAAAUGAAAUAGAUAAUUUACAAUCGAUUUAUAAAACAUGGAUAUUAGAAAGAAAAUCUUUAGAUACAUUUUAUGAACAUAUCAAUGAACAUAUGAAAUUAAAUCCACCAUCAUCAACUAAAAUAGAAGCAACAACAAAAAAUUUAUUAGCCAUUCGACAACAACUUAUAAAAGAUUUUGAAGCACGAGCAUUUAAAACAAAAAAAAAAUUUUGUCCCAAUUGUAAUACACCUGUACGUUCACUUCGUGCAGAUUCACAUUCAAAACUUUUUUAUUCUCAAGGAAUUUCAAAUAAACAAAUAAAAGCUUAUCAAGAACGUAUGUCUAAUGUUCGACAACAAAAAAAUAUGAAUAAUAAUGAUGAAUCAAAAGAUAAUGAUGAUGAAGAAGAAAUGUUAACAAAAAUGAUGUCUAGUCAAAUGUAUUUAACACCAUUAGAUGUAUUAAAACAUUUCGAAAAAAUUUGGACAAAUGAAAAAGAAGUACUUGGAAUUUAUUUAGCUACUUUACGAUCACCACAUCAUUCAAUAACACAUAUUCAUAAUAAUCCAAUAAGUUUAUUCUUUUUUGAAGUUUUACCUGUUUUACCUUCAAAAUUUCGUCCCGUUUUAUCAUUUAAUGAUCAAAAAUUUGAAAAUCCAAAAACAGUUCGAUAUUCAACAAUUAUUCAAGAUAAUCAAUAUAUGAAAGAACUUUUAUUAUUAAAAGAUAAACAAACUACAGACAUACCAACAUCAACUACUAAUCGAUCAUCUUUAACUAAUACUUUACGUGGUGGAACAAAUGAAGAAAAACUUAAUAAUCUUUGGCUUAAAAUGCAAAUUACUGUUAAUUCUAUAUUUGAUAGUUCAUUAGAUAAUCGAAGUGGUGCUCGAGUAGCCAAAGGUAUUCGACAAGUUAUUGAAAAAAAGGAAGGUUUAUUUCGUAUGCAUAUGAUGGGUAAACGUGUAAAUUAUGCUGGUCGAUCAGUAAUAUCACCUGAUCCAUUUAUUGCAAUUUAUGAAGUUGGAAUACCUGAAAUAUUUGCAAAAAAAUUAACUUAUCCAGAAUUAGUUACACCACAUAAUGUUCAUGAAUUACGUCAAUUAAUUCUUAAUGGACCAGAUGUUCAUCCUGGAGCAAAUUUUGUUGAACUUGAAGAUGGAACAAUUCGUCGUUUAUUACCAAAUAAUUUAUCUCAACGAACAGCUGUUGCUAAACUUUUAUUAACAAGAGAAAAACAACAUGGUAAUACAACUUUAAUGUCUACGAAAAAAGUUUAUCGACAUCUUCGAAACGGUGAUUAUGUUCUUGUUAAUCGUCAACCAACAUUACAUCGGCCAAGUAUACAAGCUCAUAUGGCUCGAGUAUUACCUGGUGAAAAAACCUUACGACUACAUUAUGCUCAAUGUAAAUCAUAUAAUGCUGAUUUUGAUGGUGAUGAAAUGAAUAUUCAUUUACCACAAAAUGAAUUAACACGAGCUGAAGCUGCUGAAUUAAUGAUAACUUAUCAACAUUUUCUUGUAAGCAAAGAUGGAACACCGUUAACUGGUCUUAUUCAAGAUCAUGUCGUUGCUGGUACAGCAUUAACAAUGCGUGAUCGAUUUUUUGAAAAAUCUGAUUAUCAACAACUUGUAUAUAAUGCUAUUGGAUCACAUUCUCGUCGAAAAAUUUGUUUAUUACCACCAUGUAUUUGGAAACCAAAACAAUUAUGGACUGGAAAACAAAUUAUUUCAACAGUUCUUCUUUAUAUUCAACCAGCUGAUGAAGCAUCACUUAAUCUCGAUAGUAAAUCAAAACUUUCAAUGAAAUCAUGGCCAUCGAAACCAAAUGCAACAAAUAUUGAUUUAAUGGCUGAUACAGAUGUUAUUAUUCGUCAUGGACAUCUUCUAUCUGGUUUAAUUGAUAAAGCACAUUGUGGUUCAACACUUGCAUCUGUUGUUCAUUGUUAUUAUGAAUUAUAUGGAAAACGUUGUGCUGCUGAUCUUAUUACUGCUUUUUCAAAAUUAUUUACACUUUUUUUACAAUAUUAUCGAGGAUUUACACUUGGAAUUGAAGAUGUUCUUUUACUUUCACCUGGUGUAUCACAUCGACGUCGAUUAAUAAAUGAAUGUCGUACUCAAGCAGGACAAAAAGCUUUACAAAAAACAUUUUCUCUUUCGGAAAAUUCUAAUGAAGAAAUACUUAUUGAUGAAUUUGCUAAAGCAUUUUGUUCAAAAACAUUUGAUGAACGUAUAUCAAAAGAAAUGGAUAUAAAUUAUAAAACAUCUAUUGAUGAAUAUCAAAAUCAAAUUAUUAAACAAUGUAUGUCACAUUUAUUUAAACAAUUUCCAGAUAAUAAUUUACAAUUUUUAAUUCAAUCGGGUGCUAAAGGUUCAUCUGUAAAUGCAAUGCAAAUGUCUUGUUUACUUGGUCAACAAGAAUUAGAAGGUAAACGUCCACCAAUGAUGCCAAGUGGUCGAACAUUACCAUCAUUUCGUCCAUAUGAAUAUUCACCACGAUCAGGUGGUUUUGUUGAUGGAAGUUUUUUAAGUGGUAUUCGUCCACAAGAAUAUUUUUUUCAUUGUAUGGCUGGACGAGAAGGUCUUAUUGAUACAGCUGUAAAAACUGCACGUAUUGGUUAUUUACAACGUUGUUUAAUGAAACAUUUAGAAGGUUUAGUUGUUAAUUAUGAUUUAACAGUACGUGAUAGUGAUGGAAGUGUUAUACAAUUUCAAUAUGGUGAAGAUGGUUUAGCUGUUGAAAAAUGUACUUAUUUAAAAGAAGCAUAUUAUCCAUUUCUUAUUGCUAAUCAAUCAACAAUAUUACGUGAAAAUGAAUAUUCACGUAUUGUUGAUAUGUGUGGUUCAACAAAAGAAAAACCUAUAAUAAAAACAUUAAAAAAAAUUCGUGCAUGGAGAAAAAAGACACGUGAUUUAGUUGAUGAUGAAAAUAAUUUAAAUGAUUCAAUAUAUUUAAAAAUAAGUGAUGAAACUAAAAUACGUAUGACACCAUUUAUAAAUUAUUCACGUUUUUUUGAUUUACAUACAUUAACAAAUUCAUUAAAAAGUAAAGAUAUUAAUGAAGCACGUUCAAUUAUGGUUCAAACAUGGAGAAAUUUAUCUGAUGAUAAACGUCAACAAUAUAAUCAUGGUGUUGUUAAAUUUUAUUCACCUGUUACACAAAAUUAUUUACCAGCAUCGAAUUUAGGUGCUAUUACUGAACGUUUAGAUGAUUUAAUAAGAAAUUAUAUUACAACACAUGGAAAAUUAGAUCAAACUAAUAUGGAUAAACGAAUAUUUGAAAAAAUGAUUCAUUUUAAAUCACUUAAAUCAUGUAUUGAUCCAGGUGAAAGUGUUGGAAUUUUAGCUGCACAAUCUAUUGGAGAACCUAGUACACAAAUGACAUUGAAUACUUUUCAUUUUGCUGGUCGUGGUGAAAUGAAUGUAACAUUAGGUGUUCCACGUCUUCGUGAAUUACUUAUGGUUGCUUCUCAAAAAGUAAAAACACCAACAAUGGAAGUACCUAUUUUACAUAGUUCAUCAUCAUUACGUAAAGCAAAACGUUUACAACGUCGUUGGUCUCGUCUUUUAUUUUCUCAAGUAUUAAAAAAUUUAAGUAUUCAUGAAAAACUUUCAUUAAAAUUAAAUGAUCAUAAACGUACAUAUAAAAUUGAAUUUUAUUUUGAUGAAAAAUAUGGAAAAAAACAAUUAAAUGAAAUUAUACGUUCAUUUGAAAUAUAUUUUAUUCCACGUUUAUGUCGUUCAAUAAAUAAAAAACGUAAAGAAUUAACAACAAGUGGUCUUUUAAGAUCAGCACAGAUUCGUGAUAAAAUAACAAUUAAUGAUUCAAAUAAUAAAGAUGAACAACAAGAAUUAGUUGAAAAAGAUGAUGAUGAUGAUGACGAUGAUGAAGAUGAUGAACAAAUUAAUGGUGAAGCUAAUACAGCCAAAGAAAAAGCUAAUAGAAAUGAUGAAAAAGAAUAUGAUGAUGAUGAUAAUAAUAAUAAUAAUAAUGAAGAAAAUGAAACUGAUGAUGAAGAAGCAAUACAAGAUAAUCAAGAUGAAGAUGAUCAAACAAAUACAUCGAAAAUCACUAUUAAAGAAGAUGUCAUUGAUGAUGAUGAUGAUGAUGAUGAUGAUGUACCAGCAUUGGAUAUAUCUAAAGAAGAAAUGAAUAAUGAUGAUGAACAAGAAGUACCAGACAAUGAGGAAAAUAAUAACGAUGAACCACCAAGUAAAAAAGCAAAGAAAAUCAAUACUAAAACUACUCAUAUGGAUAAUAUGACAUACAACGAACGAUUUGGUAAUGUUUGUAAACAUGCUGAUUAUAUACGUGACUAUAUUGCUGAUCUUGAGAAUAAUUUAUGGUGUCGUUUAACAAUAAUAUUUCCUGCUACACAACCUCGUAUUGAUCUUGAAACAUUAAUUCAUAGUGAAGCAUCUCGAACAUCGAUAACAUCAAUUGUUGGUAUUCAAAAUUGUUUUAUAACAGAAAAUAAAGAAUAUCGUUCAAAAAUAAAAACUGAUUCUAAUGAUAUUGAAUAUAUUCUUUCAACUGAAGGUGAAAAUAUAAAUGCAUUAAUGACAUAUUAUCAAAUAUUUGAUUUACGUCGAAUAUAUACAAAUAAUAUUCAUCGUAUGGCACAAAUAUUUGGUAUUGAAGCAGCUAAUCGUACAUUAAUACGUGAAAUAAAUCGAGUAUUUGGUGCUUAUGGUAUUGAAGUUGAUUAUAGACAUUUAUCUUUAUUAGCUGAUUAUAUGACAUAUGAAGGUGUUUAUAAACCAUGUAAUCGUUUAGGUUUAAGAACUAAUGCAAGUCCAUUACAAAAAAUUACAUUUGAAACAUCAACAACUUAUUUAAGAGAGGCAUUGUUAUACGGUGAACAUGAAGAAUUGAAAUCUCCUUCUUCUCGUUUAGUUACUGGACGUAUGGUUCAAUGUGGUACAGGAGCUUUUGACAUUCUUACCAAAUUAUCUUCAUGA